ACAUCAAAAUGUAUUCCUGUGGAAUUAUACCUGAUGUAAUUGACAACGAGCCAAAAGAUAUGGUUGAAAUAACAUUCAACGGUGGUCUUAAAGUUAACAUGGGCAAUGAGUUGCAACCUAAACAAGUUAAAGAUAAACCAGAAGUAUCUUGGAAAGCCGAACAAGGUUCACUAUAUACUCUAUUAAUGGUGGAUCCGGACGCUCCAUCACAUAAAAAUCCCAUAAGAAGAGAAGUAUUACAUUGGUUUGUUAUCAAUAUACCAGAAAAUAGAGUUAACGAAGGUCAAGUAGUGGCAGACUAUAUGAGUUCUGGACCCCAAGAAGGUACCGAUUUGCAUCGAUAUGUAUUUUUAAUUUUUAAACAAACGGAAAGAAUUACGUGUGAUAAAUUCAUUUCAAGAACAACCCGCGAAGGUCGUAUUAAAGUAAAAACUCGAGAUUUUAUCACCCAGUAUAAAUUGGGGAAUCCAGUAGCUGGUAAUUAUUAUAUGUGCCAAUAUGAUGACUAUGUUCCAAUAUUGCAAGCAACAUAUACAUAAGUAAUAAAAAAGUAUAUAAUAAAACAUUUACUUAAAAUAUAAUAAUUAAUACAUAAUACUAAAUUUUUAUAGUAAAUUCCUCUAAAUAUUUAUAAUAAAACGCUAAA